UAUAAGCAAACUUGUGUUAGUAUUUUAAAGUUACGAUAGUGGUAACACGACAUAACCUCUCAACUAACAAUUCGAGAUUUUUCACAAAUAAGACCACAUAUUUUUCACGUAGUUUCUUCGGGAAUUGGUUCGUGAACGAAAUUCCCGUGGUGCAAAAAAGAGUUAAAGCAUUCAAGAAAAGUGGUGCGCAAUUGGCCCUCAACGAGGGAGAAUCGAAAGCGUCGAAAGUAACGAGUCAUCUACCGAUUCAAGAUGGCAGAAGGCCAGGAUACUCGAAAGAAAAUUACUGUUAACGUCAAAACGCCAAAAGAAAAACAAAGUAUUGAGAUCGAAGAGGAUGCGAGUAUUAAAGACUUCAAAGAAGCGAUCUCGAAGAAAUUUAAUGCUCAAACAGAGCAAUUAUGCUUAAUUUUUGCUGGAAAGAUUAUGAAAGAUCAUGAAACUUUGAGUACACAUAAUGUAAAAGAUGGUUUAACGGUGCAUCUGGUUAUCAAAGCACCACGUACUCCUACUAAUCAAAGUCAAGAUUCUACACCUCAAAGAUCACAAGCUGACAUAAAUGCAAGUCCUUUUGGAUUAGGAAGUUUAGGAGGACUUGUAGGUCUAGCAUCACUUGGUUCAGGGUCCACUAACUUUAUAGAUUUGCAACAACGUAUGCAACGUGAACUGUUGUUAAAUCCAGAAGCAUUGCACCAAGUACUUAAUCAUCCAUUGGUGCAAAGUCUGAUGAAUGACACAGAAAGCAUGCGUAGCUUAGUUGCAGCCAAUCCUCAAAUGCGAGAAUUAAUGCAAAGUAAUCCAGAAAUUAGUCAUAUGUUGAAUAAUCCUGAAUUGUUGAGACAAACAAUAGAGUUAGCACGUAAUCCAUCAAUGCUUCAAGAAUUAAUGCGUUCUCAUGAUAGAGCUAUAUCUAAUUUAGAAAGCAUACCUGGUGGUUAUAGCGCACUUCGUCGCAUGUAUCGUGACAUUCAAGAACCUAUGUUUGCAGCAGCAGCAAAUGAACAAAAUCCUUUUGCAGCAUUAGUGCAAAAUAACAGUAAUGAAGAUAGUCAAAAUAAUCCACAACAAGGCCAAGAAAAUAGAGAUCCAUUACCAAAUCCUUGGUCUCAGAAUCAAAAUGAUUCUUCCAACCAACAACAACAGCAACAACAACAACAAGGAAGAGGUCUUUUGAAUUCACCAGGAAUGCAAAGUCUUGCAGCUCAAAUGAUGGAAAAUCCACAGUUAAUACGAAAUAUGUUAAAUGCUCCAUAUACAAGAUCUAUGUUAGAAGCUUUGGCAGCAGAUCCAGCUAUGGCUAACAGAAUGAUUUCUGCUAAUCCUUUUCUUCGAGGAAAUCCACAGAUGCAAGAACAAAUGAGAGCUAUGAUGCCAGCGUUUAUUCAACAAAUGCAAAAUCCUCAAAUUCAAAAUGUUGUCACCAAUCCAGAUGCUUUAGCUGCUAUUAUGCAAAUCCAACAAGGCAUGGAACAAUUACGUACUGUUGCUCCAGAUUUUGUUGAAAAUAUGGGAUUGACUGUACCACCUACAACUACAACACCUAGUGCAGGUACAACAAAUACAACGCCACCGACGACAGAAUCAUCAGAUACAAAUCAACAAGACGCAUUUUCUCAAUUUAUGGCACGCAUGGUAUCAGCAAUGGCAUUAAACCAAGGUGUAGAAGUGGAUGGUCAACCUGUUCCCCCACCGGAAGAACGUUACAGAGCGCAAUUAGAACAACUUACAGCUAUGGGUUUUGUCAAUAGAGAGGCUAAUUUACAAGCACUAAUCGCUACUUUUGGAGAUAUAAAUGCCGCUGUUGAGCGACUACUAUCUAAUGGACAAGUGUCUAUGAGCUAACCACCAAUAUGCAAUAUUGUUAUUCCAUUACUAUUUCUAAUUUUUUCCUUAUUUACCUCUUACAAUAGGCGUGGUGAGAGAUAUUUGAGGUAACUGACUGUCGGAAAAGGAAAGAAAAGAAAUAAUUAUAAACUUCUACCCCAACUCUUGACAGAAUACACGCUACUGACUCGUUCAAUAUGCAUUUUUUAUUUUUUGUCAAUAUUUGUAUUGUAUUUCAAUGAUACAAGUAUUGAUAUCUAAAUGUUUAACUUGUUAUAUGAUAUAUUUCACUCUUAAAAUUUUCUAGUUUAUUUCUGUAUUCUGUAUUUCUCGAUGUGCUCUAAGUACUAGAUAGCUCUGUUAAUGUAUUUCGUCGGUGUAAAUUUGUUUAUGACAUAUUCAAGAGAGAGAAAGAGAAAAAAAUAUGUGGUAUAUGAGCGAACAAGAGAGAGAGAGAGAGAGAGAGAGAGAGAGAGAGAGAGAGAGAGGAGGGGAAGGGAGGCGGGAGGGAGGGAGGGAGGAAGGGAGAGUGGGAGGAAAAGAGUUCUAUUAGAUCAUAAUAUGAAGGAUCUACCCUUCUUUGUUAUAUUGUACAUUUAUAGUGUUUCUUAGAAACAGUGAAACCUGCAUGGAAAAUAGAUUGCCGUUAAAAACAAAUAUGCUUCUGGCUUUGAUCAAUCAAUUGUAAAUUUUCAUGGAAAAAAUGGCCAUUUAUUUUGCUUAAAUGUAUGUAAUCAUAUUAGUAAAUGUAUUGCAUGAAACAUUCAUAUGUUUGCCAUAUACAAAAAUGGGUAUGUUAUUAUAUACAGGCAUGUUUGUUAUACAAAAAUGAUUAUGGGGUAAUUAUUGAUCAUUAAGAAUAACACAGUAAUAUUUGAUGUAUAGUAAUAAACGAUUUAUUGAAAUGCAAAUUCGAAAACUUCGAAUGAAUAAAUCAUAAUUCAAUUUGUUCUUUUUGCUUAAGAGAGAAAAUAUUCGGUAAUCCAUUAAUGUUUUCCAUGUAAGUUUUGUAUGUAUGGCGAUAAGAAGCGGAACAUUCUUUCUUUAUUUCUUCUUUAUGCCGACGCACAUUGUUUUCCCUUUUCCUUUUCUUUUUUGUUUUCUUUUUCUUUAGUUUUUAUGUUAUUAAAAAAUUAAAAGAAAAGAAAGAAAAUUAUAAAAAGUACUAUGCAUUAUAUGUCUUUAAGAUACAAAUUUAGAGAUUUGUAGCGUGAUGAUCGAGAAUUUUAUGGUGUAGGUUGUUUAUAGAGAAACACGCGAAAAGAUUGAUUAUAAACAAAAUAUUUCAUGUAAAUGUGUUAAAUUGGAAAUGUAAUCGUCGGUUACAUUUAAGGUAUACAGAAUAAAAAAAUGAGGGAAUGUUGUAAAUUAUCUUUAUUAAAGGAGAAAGAGAAUAAUACAGUUAUAAUUUUAAUAUUUUGGAUUCAUGUACGAUUACACAAAUAAUUAUGCGCAUUAUAAUAAACUUUUAUGUGUAUUCAGUAAAUCUUCAUUAAACAAGCUAUUCUGUACAAGCGAUUAUAUCACAAAAUAAAAAUUAUGUUUGAUUCAUAUUUACUUACUUUUUAAAUGCGAAGAUAUUCGAUUUCUUCAGCAAUACACAUGAGUGGAUGAUACAUAUACAAAUAUAAAACGUUAGGAGUAACAUAGACUGCAACCUAUGUAAAAUAUACAUUUUAAAUCGAAUCAUUUUAUUUAGUAACUCUUUCCCAAAAUCAUAAUAUAUUAUUCAUAUGCAAAUUCAUUACUAUUUUACUACAAUAUCACAAUUAUUGGAACAUGCAUGUAAACUGAUAUAUUAAAUUCUAUUAUGAUAUAAA